AACAUUUCAACCGGAGGGUUGUCGCACCGCUCACAGAAUUUGUAGUAAUCUCACAGACUGCCCUAAUUUUACGCAGCCAUUUUCCUUCCGUUUCAGAGGAUGAUAAGUAGCUAUAACGUCCCGUGAUAUUCUCAGCACUACUCCUGAGUGACUUCCCAGAGCCUCAUUAAUGUUUUUCGACGCUUCAUUUUGCUCCCAUUAAUCUCGAACCAUUCCUACACCGAAAUAAUUUAUACCCGAUUCGCUUUAGAAACCUCUUAACAUCUGAUAAUGGACACACCAGCAUCUGAAGUGUCGUACUCUAUAGAAGGGACUGAUGCCGACCCGGAUGUGUCAGAAAAACCCCGGAUCGAAAACGUCGAAAGUCCACAUACUUUCCAAAAGGUUCAAGAACAUCAGCGUCGCCUCCAAACCGAAGAUUCCAAGCCCAAGAAGCUCGGUGUAACAUGGAACAAUCUCACUGUCAAAGGCGCGAGCAGCGAAGCACUCUUCAACGAAAAUGUCGUCUCACAGUUCCUUCCGUUCGGCAAGGGCUCCCAGGAUGUUUCAAACAAGACAAUCAUCGACUCUUCAUUUGGUUGCGUUAAACCUGGAGAGAUGCUCCUCGUGCUUGGCCGUCCAGACGCAGGCUGCACGAGCUUGCUGAACAUGUUGUCGAACAAUCGCCUCGGAUACGCCGAGAUAGACGGAGAGGUCUCAUUUGGUGCCAUGACCAAUGUUGAGGCAGAGAAAUAUCGCGGUCAAAUCAUCAUGAAUACUGAGGAGGAAAUAUUCUUCCCAGCCCUGACAGUCAGCCAGACGAUUGACUUCGCUACCCGUCUUAGGGUUCCCCAUCACCUUCCGCCAGGUGUCAAGAAUGCCGAGGAGUACGCGCAGAUCAACGAGGACUUCUUGCUAUCAACGAUGGGCAUUGAGCAUACAAAAGGUACCAAGGUGGGUGACGCGUACAUCCGUGGAGUUUCAGGUGGGGAGCGGAAACGCGUUUCCAUUGUCGAAUGCCUCGCCACCCGAGGAAGCGUCUUUUGCUGGGACAACAGUACUCGAGGACUCGAUGCCAGCACCGCAUUAGAAUGGACCAGAGCCAUGCGGGCAAUGACGGACAUACUAGGCCUCACGACUAUCGCGACAUUAUAUCAAGCAGGAAACGGCAUAUUCGAACAGUUUGACAAAGUCCUUGUUCUGGAUGAAGGGAAACAAAUAUUCUAUGGCCCACGCGAGGAUGCUGUGCCUUUUAUGGAGGAUCUUGGUUUUGUGUGCAAUCCUGCAGCAAACAAAGCCGACUUCUUAACAGGUGUGACAGUGCCUACCGAACGGGCGAUUAAGCCUGGCUACGAGGAGAAGUUCCCUCGCACUGCUGAUGAAAUCCGUACAGCUUAUGAGGGGUCGGCUAUCAGAACGAAAUUACUUACUGAGUGCGAUUACGCGCGAAGUGCAGAAGCCGCACACAACACAGCCGAAUUCAAAGCCGAGGUAGCUGCUGAGAAGAACCCUCGACUUCCAAAAAGAGCCUCCGAAUCCGUUGGCUUUGAUGCCCAGGUUAGAGCAGCUGUGACCCGCCAGUUUCAAAUAUUAUGGGGAGAUAAGGCAACUUUGUUCUUGAAGCAAGGCUCUGCGACGAUUCAAGCGCUUGUCGGUGGCUCGCUCUUCUACAAUGCGCCGACUCAUUCCGCUGGGCUUUUCCUCAAAAGUGGCGCACUGUUCUUUUCACUCCUAUACCCCGCUCUUAUCGCGCUCUCCGAGGUCACAGACUCCUUCACGGGUAGACCUGUUCUGGCCAAACACCGGUCCUUCGCCCUUCAUCAUCCUACUGCCUUUGUAAUCGCUCAGAUUGCCACUGAUAUUCCAAUCAUGCUUUUCCAAAUUACACAAUUUGGGUUGAUCCUAUAUUUCAUGGUCGGAUUCCGGUACACAGCUGAAGCUUUUUUCACAUUCUGGGCCAUCACCUUUAUGGCAGCUAUGGCGAUGACACAACUGUUUCGUCUGAUUGGAGCUGCAUUUCCUACGUUUGAUGCCGCAACCAAGGCAUCUGGACUCGUCAUUGUCAGCAUGUUCGUCUACAUGGGCUACAUGAUCAUCAAGCCUAUCAUGCAUCCCUGGUUUGUGUGGAUCUACUGGAUCAAUCCUAUGGCUUAUGGGUUUGAGGCCCUAAUGGGAAACGAGUUUCAUGGCCAAGACAUACCAUGCGUUGGCCCGAAUCUCGCUCCAAACGGCGAGGGGUACACACCUGGCGAAAGCCCUCAAGCUUGUACUGGAGUAGGUGGCGCGCGCGUAGGUGCAUCGAGCGUAAACGGUGACGAAUACCUUCAACAUCUCGGUUUCAGUCAUGGCAAUAUCUGGCGUAACUUCGGCAUCCUCUGCGCUUGGUGGAUCUUCUAUGUCGUUCUCACCAUGGUCUUCACAUCUCGAUGGAAGAAGAUGGGUGAGGGAGGCCGUGGACUGCUCAUACCUCAAGAAAAGCGUGGCAAAGUACAUCGCCAAUUAACGCGAGAUGAAGAGGCACCAGCAAGCGAUAUACGACCAAGCGCAAGCUCGACUAAGUCUGAUGCUACUCUUGCCAGUCAGCUCAUUCAUAACACCAGCGUAUUUACGUGGAAAAAUCUCACCUACACCGUGAAUACUCCAUCUGGCGAACUUGUGCUUCUGGAUAAUGUCCAGGGGUACGUUAAACCUGGUAUGCUUGGAGCACUUAUGGGUUCCUCGGGCGCAGGCAAAACGACCUUGCUUGAUGUGCUUGCGCAACGCAAGACAGAUGGCACAAUCCAUGGAUCCGUUCAGGUUGAUGGUCGGCCUCUCCCAGUUUCUUUCCAACGAUCGGCUGGGUAUGUCGAACAGAUGGACGUUCAUGAACCACUGGCCACCGUGCGUGAAGCACUAGAGUUUUCCGCCCUCCUGCGUCAAUCUCGCGACACGCCACGUGCUGAAAAGCUGCAAUACGUCGAUACAAUAAUCGAACUCCUGCAGCUUCAUGAUAUUGAGAACACUCUCGUCGGUCGCCCAGGAGCCGGCUUGUCAGUUGAACAGCGCAAACGCCUCACUAUCGGCGUCGAGUUGGUCGCCAAACCUAGUAUUUUGAUCUUCCUGGAUGAACCCACGUCUGGCCUUGAUGGUCAAGCUGCCUACAACACGGUUCGAUUCCUACGCAAACUAGCUGAAGUUGGUCAGGCUGUUCUAGUUACCAUUCAUCAACCGUCAGCACAGUUGUUUGCACAAUUCGAUACACUCCUGCUAUUAUCAAAGGGCGGGAAAACCGUCUACUUUGGCGACAUUGGAGAAGAUGCGGAGACAGUCAAGAACUACUUUGCCAUCCGAGGAGCACCUUGUCCAAAGGAGGCGAACCCGGCUGAGCACAUGAUUGAAGUGGUUUCCGGCAGCCUUUCGCGUGGCCAGAACUGGAACAAAGUUUGGCUUGAGUCACCAGAAUUUGAGCGUAUGAACAACGAGCUGGACAGACUGAUCGAAGACGCAGCAGCAAAACCUGCAGGCUACGUCGAUGAUGGUCAUGCAUUCGCCGCAUCCAUGUGGGACCAAAUCAAGAUUGUCACGCAUCGAAUGAACGUUGCGAUAUUCCGCAACGUUGAAUAUCUUGAUAACAAGUUUAUCUUGCAUAUAUCACUGCCUUUGCUAAACGGCUUUACUUUUUGGCAAGUGGGUAACAGUCUAAACGACCUACAGCUGCGACUGUUCACUAUUUUCAACUUCAUCUUUGUAGCACCUGGUGUUAUUGCACAGCUACAACCACUGUUUAUCGACCGUCGCGAUAUCUACGAAACUCGCGAAAAGAAGAGCAAAACAUACCAUUGGAUACCAUUUGUUACAGGUCUAAUCGUUUCAGAAUUGCCGUAUCUGGUCAUCUGCGCAUUACUAUAUUAUGUGUGCUGGUACUUUACAGUUGGUUUACCGACCGAACCCAAGUAUGCUGGCAGCACAUUUUUUGUUGUGGUCUUCUACGAAUUCCUCUACACCGGAAUCGGGCAAAUGAUCGCUGCCUAUGCUCCCAACGCUGUUUUUGCCUCGUUGAUGAACCCUCUCGUCAUCACGACAUUGGUGUCCUUCUCUGGCGUCAUGGCACCGUAUAGUCAAAUCCAGGAAUUCUGGCGGUACUGGCUUUACUACAUUGACCCCUUCAACUAUCUUAUGUCAUCGCUACUCGUAUUUACCUCUUGGUCCUCCAAGGUAGUCUGCAACCCAAGCGAACUGGCAAUAUUUGACCCACCAUCAAAUCAGACGUGUGGCGAAUAUCUGUCACAAUAUCAACGAGGUAUGGGUGUCGAGACCAAUCUGCUCAAUCCGAGUGCACUUGAAGGUUGCCAAGUGUGUCAAUACUCGGAUGGCGCAGGAUUCCUUCGGACGCUCAACUUGAAAGAAGAGUACUAUGGGUGGAGAAACGCUGCCAUUGUGGUCCUUUUCUGUUUCAGUAGCUAUGGUCUUGUGUUCUUGAUGAUGAAGUUGAGGACGAAGGCAACCAAACGCGCUUCAUAGUGCCGGGUGGUAUGGAUGAGGAGGAGGCAAGAAAGGCAUGACUAAUACCUCGGUAGUCACAAGGCGUGCUCUCUGUAUUUUAGACUGAUAGAAUUUCCUGUUCUUAGACG